AUGGGCAAAUCUAUCAACGCAAAGGCAUCCUCGGCGAUGACAAAAAAGUCGGGCGUGUCUAAGAUGAAAACGACCCCUGUGGCUAAAAAGUCCGUCAAGAAACGAGUGGAAAUUGACCUACAACAGCCUAAAGACAGGGAUCCCAUCGAUUCCAAGAUGGUCUCUGCAACCCAAACUGAUGAGAAGCGUGUUAUCGACGAUAAUGAAGCGCAACGCAUGGCUGAAGAGAUUGAGGCGAAACGAAUCGCUGAACGAGAGGCUCGCAGGAGUGGACAUUACGAUAGCAUUGUUCCAAUAAUAAUAAUAACUGAGACAUUAAUCGUUAAUAUGCUACUCUAUGGGCAUUCGAUUGCCGGUGAAAUAUUCGGCUGUAAAGGUCAAGUACUGUGA